GCCAUUGGUCGAAGGGCGGAGAGGUGGCAGGUCCCGCCCUCCGUGAGGCGGCCCGUCGGAGCAGCGGGCAGGGCGGGGGGCCUAGGCGCGGGGGCGCCGCCGGGUGUGGAGGCGACGGUGGCGGCAAUGAAGGCGGGUGCCACAUCCAUGUGGGCUUCCUGCUGUGGGCUGCUGAAUGAAGUCAUGGGUACUGGAGCUGUCCGUGGCCAACAGUCGGGAUUUGGAGGAGGUACUGGUCCAUUCCGAUUUGCACCAAAUACAGAGUUCUCAGCAUGUCCAUCUUCAACAGGAGGUGCUAACAUAGUUUGCAAAGCUUGUGGACUUUCCUUUUCAGUCUUUAGGAAAAAGCACGUGUGCUGUGACUGCAAGAAGGAUUUUUGCUCAGUUUGUUCAGUCUUACAAGAAAAUUUCCGAAGAUGUUCGACAUGUCACUUGUUACAAGAGACAGCGUUCCAGCGGCCUCAGUUAAUGCGACUGAAAGUGAAGGAUCUGCGUCAGUAUCUUAUUCUCCGAAACAUCCCAAUAGAUACGUGUCGAGAGAAAGAAGACCUGGUAGAUCUUGUGCUAUGUCACCAUGGAGUACACUCAGAGGAGAGCGUGGACACUAGCAGCUUGCACUCUGCACGGUCACAGACUUCUAGUAUUUUUACGCAUCCAUUUUCAAUGUCUGUAUCAGUGUCAUCCUCGCAAGGGGAGUUUGCAAGCAGAAGGGGUAGCGCAGGAAAUGGAACCCUUUUACAGGGCCAAGCUGAAACUCCUUCAGCAAAUGAAGAAGAUGAUGCUGCAGAAGAGCAGACCCCUGGGCUGUCCAGAAAGCGAGCAAGGGCAUCACUGUCUGACAUUUCAAGUCUGGAAGACAUAGAAGGGUUGAAUGUUCGCCAGCUGAAGGAGAUACUUGCUCGUAAUUUUGUCAACUAUUCAGGAUGCUGUGAAAAGUGGGAACUUGUGGAAAAAGUGAACAGACUGUACAGGGAGAGUGAGGAAAAUCACAAGACACAAGGAGAGAAGAUGCAGUUGAAUGACAACGAUGAUAAUCUGUGCAGGAUCUGCAUGGAUGCAGUCAUUGACUGUGUUCUCCUGGAAUGUGGUCAUAUGGUCACGUGCACAAAGUGUGGCAAAAGGAUGAGCGAGUGCCCCAUCUGCCGGCAGUACGUUGUACGGGCAGUGCAUGUAUUUAAGUCUUAAACGAAGAGCAGGAAUGGAUUUUCUAGCCACAUGCUGACUUCCAGGAUUUCUGUGGACAAGAGUGAGUGACUGAGCUUGGGCUGUAGGGCAGACCUUAGUUUCAAUAUCAAAAUCACAAUAUUUUGAAGAGCAGGAUCUAAAGUCUGUCAAACACUUUCUAUGGUAUAAUUACAUUUGCAUUUUGGCAAUACGAUGCCUGUGUGUAGAAUGCUAGAGCUGCCUGAAUUACCUUAUAAAACCACAAACUGUUGAAGUCAAACUGUUUACAGCAGAUUUAUAUCACUUAUUGCUCUCUUCUGAAGAAUAUAACCCUAUCUUUAUUUUAUUAUAUUAAUGUGCUGAAUGAUUGUAAUCAAAAAGUACUGCUUUAACUUUGAUCGUGUCAUUGGGUGACUACGUGUUCUGGUGCAUUAGGAACAAUGACUACACCAGUAGACUAUUAAUUGAAAUCUUUAAUAUGCAUAAAGAAGUUUUAUAGAAUGUAACUAUUUUGACACUGGUUGUACAGUGGUGUCAAGACAGUCUCUAAAAACACGAUUGUAGAAAUCACUGCCUUUGCCUACAAAUAUUUCUAAUGUCUGUCCAUUAUGUGUGUACUCUGGCCGUUCUUUAUCAAAGAGAAUCAGCCUAGUGAUGUCAAACUGUCUUUAGGUAGGGAAUAAAAUCUAAUUUUGAAGAGGCUUCGUGACAGGUGUUAACACUGGUGGCUCCCAAAUCCAUACAAGCCUGCUGUAAAUACCUAGUAUUCUUAUAAAAGAUGAUUGUAAUAAUGUGAAUACUGCUCAGGAGAGUUGGCCUGCAACUGCUAGUAUUUUGGAAUGUAUACUGUUUCUAAACCUGACACCAGUCGGUCUAAAGGGUGCAGUGAAUGAGAGUAGAAGAGAAAAAAAAGAGUAGGAGCUGAAGCUUUUAACUCCCAGUUCCCAGGUGGCUGAAUCGAGGCAAGAAAUGUGCUGGCUAUCUAUUCAGAAGCCUACAUAAAGUCAGUCCCUCUCUCUCUGUGGCUUGAUGUCAUCUAGGAAAUAAUCAGUGGCAGCAGUCACUACCCAUCUGGAAUAGAGAUUGCUGACAUGAUCCCUGCAGCUUGUCAGGAACAGACUUUUUUGCAAGGAAUUAGAGGGGCUACACUAGGAUGCAAGUAUUGCCACAGUCUCUGUUCCGAGGACAGAUAUUACUGUCAUGCUGGCACUUGUAAUAGAGUACUCAUUUUCUGAGGGGAAAAAAAAAAUUAGUGGGGGGAAAAGAUCUACCAGUGUUUCAGGCUCUAGUUAUACAGUGACAACUCUGAGCAGUGUUGUAUCUACAGUAAACACUUACUGCCAAGUAACUGCAGAGUUGCACAAUAAUGCUCAAUCAAGACUUAAAGGCUUGGCGAGCACAGACUGCCUGGUCUCCUCUAGGUGGACAAGACAAUUUUUAGCAGCUGCAGCAAAAUAAUCUUUUGGUUUUCUGUUCAUGGAGUAGGUAGCUUUCUCCCCAGCUCGAUUCAACGCAUCACUUGCUGGAGACAGCAACAGAAACGUAGCAGGGAGGGCAUGGAAGAGGUGGGACGAGCUAAGGGAAUAUCUUCUACUGUGCCUAGCUUACAGUAUUCUAUGUCAUUCUGUAAAAUCCAGAGAACAUUUGCACAAGGUGCUGUCACUGCUGUUGUCUCAUGUGAAAACUAUUCCUGAGCUGUUAUACAAGCUUGCUGUCUGCUAAAUGAGCAAAGACGGGGACCAGGUAAGCAAGUGGCUCCUAUCAAAGUUUGUACAGUUUGUAAUAAAAUAUCUUGGGAAGUGAAUGUUAACCUCAUGUCAUACUUGUAACGGAGCAACUUAAAUGACAUUGCUAUUUAUUUUUCAGAAGGGAGCAAAAAAACCAAACAAACCUCUCAAUGGCUUUAUUUUUUAGCAAAAACUUUUUAAACAAUAGAAGGUACUGAAUUAGCUAACUCACGCGCAAGGACUUGUCACACAGCGUAUCCAUGACUUCUGAUCCGAACAAUGGCUAUGCAAGCUCAAUAAAGGUUUGUAACUGGUUUGA